UGGAAUUACUAUUAAUAGGAUUUAAGUGCCUAUGAGAGAGCUCUCAAAGAACAAGGAAGUGCUGAUGUAGCGUAUGCUCGUCUUAUGUUACUGGGAUCAGCUGGUACUGGCAAGACGUCUCUCAAACGUUCAUUAAUGGAAGAACCUUUCAAUCCUCAUACUACAAGCACCAUUGUAUCUGAUGUAUCCUCUGUACGACCAUUUGGACACGAGUGGCAAACAAUGAGAGGGAACAAAUGGAGUGAAGCCACAGAAGAAGAUGAAAUUGAAGAACUGGCGCAUUUGUUUAAAUCUAUUCAUUGGAGACCAUCUUCAUACCAUCCAUCUGAAUCAAGUUUAUAUCAUUCUCUUGAUUUAGGUGAUACAUGUACAAGUGCAAAAGCUCCAGAUUUAGAUGCAAAAAUCCAUAUUAAAUCAUUACUUAGAAGAGUUGAUAGCUAUGACACAACUGCAGAAUUACUUGUUCAACCAUUUCUUCAUAUAUGGGAUUGUGGUGGUCAGCCAGUGUUCCUUGAGAUUCUCCCAGCCUUCCUCACUCCUCGUACAAUGUUUCUCCUCCUGUUUGAUGCUUCAAAGGAUUUCAGAGAAAGAUGGCAGUCACGUCAGAAUACUCGUGAUGGUAAAGUGCUGUUUGGUGAGGUAGUGAAUGAAAGCACAAGUCAUCUAAUGGCCAAAUGGAUGUCUGCAAUACACAGUCACCUCAUAAAGCACAGCAAAAAUGAUACUUCUUCUCCUAGUAUCUAUUGUAUUGGCAGUCGUGGUGACAAGCUACAUGAUAAAGGAAAAGAAGAAGUUAAGAAAAAAACACUCUCUCUAUGCAGCAAAAGAGAGUUCCCAAAUGUUUCUCGAGAAGUGCUAAUCAUUGAUAAUACAACUUCAGGUAAAGGAAAAGAGGAAGAUCCAAACAUUACAAAGUUGCGUGAAAAAAUUGAUAAGUUUAUCACUAAUUUAGUCGUUCCAACUCCUGUCAAUUGGGUUCUCUUUCGCAAAGUUCUUCAAGAGUUAAAGCAGAAUAUCAUUAGUGUACCUUAUGCUAUUGCCAUUGGAGUGGCAUGUCAUAUACGAGCAGCUGAUGUCUCUGAAGUAUUGAUAUUCUACCAUGAACUGGGAGUUUUGCUUUACUAUCCUCAAAUAGAAGGUCUGAAGAAUAGAGUCAUUCUCAGUCCAAAAUGGUUUGUCGAUACUAUUGGGAAGGUUUUCACACUGGAAGGAUGUGAAAAAGGAAUAAAUUGGCAGAAGUUGUUACGAAAUAAUGGUAUUCUUGUUCAACCACUUUAUAAAGAAGUAUGGAGGUCAAGUGGUAUUGGCCCAGAGGGAAUAAUUGAACUUUUAGUUCAUUUUCGUCUUGCAGCUCAAGUUCAAACUGAGCUUUAUGAUAGCAGAUUCAAGCAGUAUUUUCUUCCAGCAGUGCUACCAGGAUACACAGGUGACCCUAAUGAAGUACGACCUGGCUAUAAGCUAAGAGCCUCACCUGUACACAUUACAUUCUCCACUGGGUAUGUACCUCCUGGCUUCUUCACUCGUUUAGCAACUGCUGUUGCUGCGAAUCCGAAUGUUAAGCUCAAUUUUGAUAACGUUUAUACAGCUGCACCUACUGCUGGUUUCUUUGAUCGAUUAGCUAUUGCAAUGAAGCUACGCUCUAAAAUUAAGAGAAAAAGCAUCUAUCGUAAUCGUGCCUGCUUCUCUUAUGGUUGUAAUUUUGAUGAUUUUUUCCUCACUGACAUUAAUGAUGCUAUUCAGGUUGAUGUGUUGCGAUAUGUUCCUGAAAGUAGUCGUCUAGUUUCUUUCAAAUCGGUUUGUCAAGAUAUAUUAAAAUUGCUAAGGAAAUGUAGUGAUGAAGUAGAAAAUACCCUUUAUGGUUAUCAUGGGCAUAAUAGUGCUCAGUCAUCAUCAAGAGAUGUUCGCUAUGUGUGUGAGUGUGAGUCUUCCAGUUCCAAUAAGGUUCAUUACAUUAAAGUUGAUGCUGAGAAGCAAACCUGCUCUGAUCCUGUUUAUUGUCACAAAGUUAGACGUGCUCGUUCCCUCACUCAAAGAGAAUCAAUGUGGUUUGAAGGAGAAUUUAAAGAUAAGCUGCCCUUUUUAAAAUAUCUUUUUUUUGGAGUUGGUCUUUUUUCUUUGAUUAUUUUAUUGAUACUUAUUGGGUUUUUAUUAGGCACUGGUCUAGUUAAUAUUAAUUCAACUACAGCAGAUAAAGAAAAUAUCUUGACAAUUGGCCAUUUGCGAGAAGCAUUAGAUGUAUUGGAGAAUGGGCACUUUCCUAGUAACAAGUGGUCGAAUCUUGGAUUGUCCUUGGGCCUGCUGAAUCCAAAGUUAGAUGCAAUUGAAAACAAUUAUCCAAAGGACAGCGAAAGAUGCCUUCAAAAAUGUCUGACAUUAUGGUUGACAGAGGACAUUGAAGCAACAUGGAGCAAAUUAGCUGAUGCUGUUGAUAAAACUGGAGAAAAAGCUGUUGCAGCUUAUAUAAGGAUAAGAAAAGUGAAGAACAAAAGUGAACUGUAACAUCUCCCCAAAAUUAUGACACAUGCAGAUUACAUUUUAGUAUUCAAAUUACACAUACAUUAUUUGAUUGAAUGCACACAAAAAUCUAUACCAACAUUAUGAGCACAACCAUGCAACCUUCAUGCUAGUUUGUAAUGAAUGAUUUUUUAUUAAAAUAAA